CAUGGAGCCGGCAACCUUCCUGUCCUUCUUCUUGGAUAAAUGAACUUCUUACAUGCCUCUAGCGGACGAGAUUGAGGUCAACUACAUUCAAAUCACAUUGCAAUAUGUCGAGUUUUCGUGAUGAGGGGAUUCCCCAGGGCACGAGCUUCAUGGUCGGCCAGACACUCAUCUUCAUUACCAUUUGGAUAGCGAUCGAUCGCUAUGUGUCGAGACAUGGUCCGAUUCCUCAGGCCAGGACUUUUACCCGAAUCAACAACUGGGCGUACUCCUCAGCGUCUUUUAUCCUGCUAUUCCUCAUUCUCUCGGCCUCCCAUGACGAGAUAUCUCGCCAUCUCUACCAUGCGUCUAAAUUCUACGAGUACCUCGACGUGCUGGGCGUGCGGGCCGGCGGCGGCACCAUCGACCUACACUUUGGCUUCCAUCACCUGACGAUGCCGUAUCUUAGCUACGUGCGGGUCGUGCUGCACAGCGACGGGUGGUGGGUGCUGGCGAUCCUCAACACGUUGCAUCACGGGCUAAUGUAUGCCUACUUUGGCGGAGCGGGGUUCCUGCGGCAGGCUCUGGAAGCGACGGGGACGAUGCAGCUGGUCGUGGGUAUUGGAGGCGAGGUUUGGAUGCUGUGGGGAAAAUGGGGAAAGGAAGAUGCAGAGAUGUGGCCGCAUGCGGUGGGAUUAGGAUUGCUGAGCGCGUAUCUGGUGUUGUGGGUUCGGGAUGUGAGGAUGAGGAGGCGAGAGCACGUCGUCCGGAAUCGUCCAUCAAUGAAGGAGGAGUAGCAGGAGCCUGUCUGAAACACCCAUGCAAAGACUGGAGCUUCCCUUCGAUUCGUUUGCUGUGCCAGUUUCGCAUGCUAUCCUGGCUACAGCUUGAACCGUGGGACCGUGUCCAAUGAUGCUGAUGGCUCUGGUGGCGCAUGUAACAAGAUGGAGACGUUUGGUUCGCGGCUUGAUUAGCGCCAACAAUACAACGAGAACAGCAAAAUUAAACGCAUUACUGGC